UUCUGUGGAUGGAUUAUUUUUGGGGUGGAAAAGGCUUGGAAUCCUAAGCUACAGGCAAUUUGUAAUAGAAAGGAUCUAUGUUGCAUCAAAAGCUAAGGAGACAUUGUAAGAUAUGGACAUCAGAGGCUGCUGUCUGUGUUGGAAAUGGCAAGUAGCUUUAUCCCUUCUCCUUUGUAGCUGGGGCUGUGUCUCUGGGCAGCUUCGUUAUUCUAUUGUGGAGGAGUCUGAUCCAGGGACAUGGGUGGGAAAUGUAGCUCAGGAUCUGGGCAUAAAACAUGCACAGAUUUCUCAACGCAGAUUACAUUUAUCAUCUGAGAAAUACCAAAAAUACUUUGCUGUAAAUGAGGAAAAUGGAGGCUUGACUGUUAAUGACGGGAUUGAUAGAGAGAUCAUGUGUGGAUCCACUGUGGACUGCGUGCUGCAUUUAGAGGUGGUUGCUGAAAAUCCUUUAGAGAUUUUUAGUAUAGACAUAGAAAUUCAGGAUAUUAAUGAUAAUUCUCCCACAUUUCUAGUUCAUUGUCAUAACAUUGAGAUUACAGAAGUGUUCACAAAUCCUGGUGCUCGGUUUGCUUUAGAAAUAGCUGAGGAUUUGGAUGUUGGUAGUAAUGGUGUUAGACAGUAUCUGUUGAAUACAAAUCCUUAUUUCUCUCUAUCUGUAAAGAAUCGUAAGGAUGGAACUCUCAUCCCUCAGCUGAUAUUAGAGAAGGUGUUAGAUAGGGAGGAGAAACAAGAACACAAUCUUAUUCUCACUGCUAUUGAUGGCGGAGAACCAGCUAGAUCAGGAUCCUGUCAUAUCACAAUAACAGUAUCAGAUAUUAAUGACAAUCCACCAACAUUUAAUCAAUCAAUUUAUAAGAUCAAACUGAAGGAAAAUCUUCCAGUAAAUACAGAUAUAUUGACAAUAACUGCAACAGAUAUGGAUGAUGGUGCAAGUGGUGAAAUUGAAUAUUGUUUUGAUAGCCACACUUCUAAAUCUGCAAGAAAAUGUUUUGCUUUGAAUGGUCAGAACGGGGACAUCUAUAAUAUUGGAAACAUUGAUUAUGAGGAUUUGAAUUUCUAUGAAUUGUCUAUCAAAGCAGCAGACAAGGGGCUUCCAAAACUGGAAGGUGACUGCCUGGUUCAAAUAGAAAUAGAAGAUGUAAAUGACAAUUAUCCUGAGAUUUCUUUUGCUUCAAUGGCAAAUGAGGUUCCAGAAAAUGCUCCUCUUGGAACUGCUGUGGGAUUUAUUAAAGUGAGAGACAAGGAUUCUGGGAAAAAUGGAGAGAUAGAUUUGCACUUAUCUCACAAUAUUCCAUUUAAAAUCCGCACUAUUAAGAACUACUAUUCACUGGUUACAGAUGGGAUUCUGGAUAGAGAAAAAAUAUCCCAAUAUAUUAUUGAACUGACAGCUUCUGAUUUUGGGUCUCCACCUCUGUCCAGUAAGAUGACUGUUAUUCUUGGGGUUGUUGAUGUUAAUGAUAAUGCACCAACAUUUUUACAGUCCACAUAUAGUGCCUUUAUAAAGGAAAACAGUGAUCCAGGGACUCUCCUAAGUUCAGUGUCUGCUACUGAUGCAGAUGAGGGGAUUAACUCUGAUCUGGUUUACACUGUAGUGGAGACUGAGAUAGAUGGAUCUUCUGUAUCCUCGUUUGUUUAUAUUAAUUCUAAUAAUGGUGCUAUAUAUGCUCAGCGUUCCUUUGACUAUGAGCACAUUCAGACUCUACAAAUCACCAUAAAAGUAGAGGAUUCUGGAUCUCCCAAGUUAUUUUCUACUGUCCCUGUCUUUAUAUUCAUAUUGGAUACAAAUGACAACCCCCCCACCUUGCUGUAUCCAGAGCACUCUGAGGAUCUCAUUGUCCAAGAGAAGAUCCCCAAAUCAACAAGUGCUGGAUAUCUGGUGACAAAACUGACUGCAGUGGAUCUGGACUCUGGCCACAAUGCCUGGUUGGCCUUUCACCUUAUUGAACCUGGCAGCUCUUCACUUUUCCAAGUGUCUAAACAUACAGGAGAGGUCAGGAAAGUAAGGGGAUCUCAGGAAACAGAAAACACAGAUCAACAACUCAUUAUCUCUAUCAGUGAUCAUGGAGAUCCAUCAUUAUCUACUACUGUCACUGUACUUGUCAGUAUAGCAGAUAAUGUUUUAGUAGACAGACCUAAAUCUGGAGAAUUUCUCACAAACUACAAACCACCAUCAGAUAUGACUUUAUAUUUAAUUGUUUCUCUUGUAGCUAUCAGUUUAGUUUCCCUUGUGACAUUCAUUAUAUUACUAGUCAAAUGUCUGAGGAAGGAAAGUUAUGGUUAUAGCAGUAGCUGCUGUUUUCUUAAUGCCACUGUGUCCAAACCAAACAUGGAUCAGUAUCAGCCAGCUCUUUUCCUGAACACAGACGGAACCUUAAAAUACAUGGAAGUCAGGAUGGUUCCUCCAGGAGGACAAGGACAAUGUUACCAAACUAAUGUGCCCCCAGCCACACAACAGCGGGAUUCAGCUUUUCUGCAGUCUCUGGAUUUUCCCCAGUUACAGGAACUAGUAAAAUACACUGAUACAUCAUCAGAUACAAGCUGUCUCAAUGAUCAAAGCAAGGAGCUGUUGGUUUGUCAAACAUUAGGAAAUCAAACUAUUUAUGAUGAGUUUGCAGCUAUGAAUGAUUGCAUAGACAGGUUGGCAGCCCUUCAUGCAGCCCUUGAGGCUCUUCAGGAUCAAGGGGCUAUCACCCCAGCCCAUGUUUUCAGGAUUCGGUGGGACAACACCACAGUCGUGCAUACAUGA